UGAAGAGAUAUGUCGGUGACGAAAUUGCAAGUGCAGUCGCUGGUUCUUAAUAAUUACGCCAAGGGUCCUAGCUUAAUGCGUAUCGAGUGAUGGUUAUGUUGAGUUUGCCUAUUUUAUUAAAGUAGCUACUUAAGCUUCCGCGUAUUUUGGAAAUUGACGCUGUAAUUGUUUGUAUUACUCUGUACGAACAGGUUUUAUAUACUUCCAGUAGUACAUUACUUGAUAGAAAAAGUACCACUACCUGUCCUUCGACGCUGCGUGAUAUAUCUGCGGCAAGGACUGCCAGACUAUGAAGAGACAAGCGGGAAGUGGUUCGCUGUCAUUCGCACCUCAAGCGACCGACUGGACAACAACUACGUACGGAGCUAGCCGCAUGCCUUGCGGCUCGGGGGAAAAGGGGAACAUUAUGUUUCCAACCAUCAAUCGAAGCUUGCUGCCCAUUAAAGCACACUACUUCCUCUACGUUGCAGCUCAAGCCUGCGUUCUUCCGUACCUGGCUGCGGUCGGUCGAAGCAAUGGGAUACCCGAGUCGAACAUCGCCUACAUAUUCGCCCUCAUUCCCAUCGGCGCCAUAUUCGUGAAGGUCAUCGGUGGCUACGUCGCGGACAAAACGCAGAACGUCACGGCCAUACUUCUCGUUCUCGUCGUGUCCCUGUUGACAUCUAACGGCAUGGUGUUCUUCAGCAAAAGUGUGCGGGACCCCCCGCUUCCUCCGCUGACGCGUCUCAACUGCCCGCUGACAAACUUGACUCUUGAAAACCCUUUCGCCAACUGCACAGAACUCGCGCCUCCUUGCAACCUCGCCUCUUGUUCUCACAAAGCGUCGACGGAGACGGACGUUGUCUUCGACGGUAACGCCUCAGCGGCGAGCGCGGACAGUAUGUGCUCGCUGCUGCGGCCGAACGACACGGCCUUACUUCGUGCUUUCCCCGUCGAGGUGUGCCGAUUGAGCUGCCUGUGUUACGAGGCGGAAGACAACGCGGUCAACUACGGCGUCUACGUCGUGUUCGUCGCGAUCUCGUUCAUGACCGGUGCCAGCGUGUUCGUGCUCACGGACGCUGCCGUCUGCGAAAAGCUCGGUGACAGGGCGAACACUUUCGGCAAGCAGAGGAUCUGGGGAACCAUAAGCUGGGGCGUCCUGAGCCCCAUAGCGGGAGUCGCCAUAGACGCGGCAAAUGCAGCCACGAGUGGCCGCGCCGGGUACACCCCGGGCUUCUACAUUUUCGCCGUGCUUCUCUUGAUGGACAUGGUUGUGCUGCACUUCACGCCACGCCUGAGAAUGGGCGCCCAGUCGUUGAGUUUCUUCAAGGACAUCAGGACCGUCUUCGGCGGUUGUGAGGUUAUGGUCUUCACCUUCUGGACGUGCUUCACCGGCGUGUUCUUCGGCGUGCAGGCCUCCUACAAUGCCUGGUUCCUGGAGGACAUCGGCGCGCCCAAGCUGGUCAUCGGUCUCGGUUUCUCCAUCAUGACGCUGCUGGCCGAACUACCUAUCCUGUUCGUGGCUGACAAAAUUAUGAUUCGAAUCGGCUGCUUCUCGUCGUACUGCUUGUCUUUCGCCUCGUCUGCCGUAAAGUUGAUCGCUUACUCCUUCCUGAACAACCCCUGGUACGCCCUCAUCAUCGACGUCAUCGGCGGUGCGGCGUUUCCCCUAGCGUUAGCUUCCAUGACGGUCUUCGCAAGAGAAAACGCUCUCCAGGGCACGUCCGCGUCCGUGCUGUGCGCUCUCAACGCCUGCUUCGAAGGACUCGGUGUCGUCCUCGGUAAUUUCAUCGGUGGAAUAUGUUUCGAAAAAGUCGGAGGCAAGCUGACCUACCAGUACCUCGGCAUCGCAGCGACCGUCUGCAUGAUCGGCUGCGGUCUCUCGGGAAUCAUCGUGCGGAAGCUGUAUCCAAAAGACUCACUUUGGAAAGCUACCGUUGAGGAGCCAACCGGUGCCUAGUUAAUGAUUUCCUAAAGCGACGAACGUAUCGAUAGGCAUGUCCAUCUAUAAUGAGUUGAGCGAUGGCGCGCUGUUACGCCGACCGUUCUCCACAGACACCUCAUAAUAAUUUUUUUUCAAGGUGAUCGCAGCUCAAAUGGACAAGAUCACAGAAAUAACAAGACUAUACAUAUG